AUGUCUUUUAAGUUUUGCGGUAGGUAGUUUUAAAUGACUUUAUUGUUUUUCGAAGUAUUCUCCACGAACAUUUACACUUAUUCCACUCGUUUGCUGGCAUAUCCAAAACGGCAUUUUUGGAUGCGUCAACUGCUUCUUCUGGCGACUGGAACCUUUGACCACGCAGUCUGUUUUUAAUUUUCGGGAAUGUAAAGAAAUGGUUAGGACUUAGAUCGGGACUAUAUGUAGGAUGGUCCAAUAAUUCCAGGUUUUCUUCCGUUAAAUACUGCCUUGUUUUUUGGGCUGU